AAGAAAACAGAGCGAGAAGAUGCAGACGCUGAAGGUGCUGGUCCUCGGCGUCCCUCUGAGCUUCAUCAUGCUGCUGAGCUGCACCGAGGGGGAAACAAAUGGAACAGGAACCAGCAGCACCACUGAUGCAGCGGGUUCGACUCCAGCGACCACACCGCUGCCCAGCCAAACCUCCGUCACCUCCAGCAGCCUCCCCGGCAGCCCGACGACCAGCCGUCCUCCUCCGGCCUCCUCCACCUCCCCUCCGGCUGCCACCAGCUCCUCCCCCGGGCCGGCAGCCUCCUCCGGGCCCACUCAGAGCCCCGGAGAGCCGGCCUCCACCGCUCAGCCGUCCACCGCCGGGACCGGAGGCAGCAACGCUCCAGAAACCGCCGCCACGACGUUACAUGGCGGAUCUGGAUCUGUGUUCGGGAGCUACAGUCAGCUGGUGGUGCCGUCCAUCUCCAUCCUGGUCUGCUGGACGCAGGGCUGAAGGAGGAAGACCGCGGACUCUGUCGCUCUUUUAUACUGAAGCCAUAAAUCCUGUAUAUAGAGGAAGAAAAAGAGGAAAUAUCAAAGUAUGGAUGGAGCCACAUUUACUGUAGUGGGCCAUGAAGUGCUGUGUUUGCACCGAGCUCCUUUCACCUGUUGCACAAGUUUUACAAACUCUGUAUUCACACGUUGAAGCUUUGCUUUGGUCACGAUGGUAGAACGAGACAAAUACAGCUGUGUGUGUUGUUUUGGCAAAUAAACGGAGGACUGAACCGACA